ACAAAACAGGAUACACAUGCGUAGUUGUUGUCCAAGAACAAGUGGAUAGCAAGCGGAAAGCUAGGGAUCGAUGUCUUCUGUAUAGGUAUAGGAUAUUGAAUCUGCUUUGUGUAUUUCCGCGGUUGACGAUCUUUGUGUGUGACGUACCUGGCCGAAGGGUUCGGCUUGUUGCGACAUCUAUGACCGAGAUGAGAAAACGCUUUACAUAAAAGAAAAAUACUGGCUUUCAGCUUGUCAGAUAAGAGGCAGCUAUUAUACUUGUCAAGACGGUGUGUGAUCAGUGAAUAGGCCAACCGAAGCGGAGCGACAAGCCUGGCCCCUGUCACUUUGCCAAAUUUCUGUCAUAAAAACAGAAGCAAGCGAACUGGGAAGGCGGCUCUUUGCCGCUACGAACUAGCGAAGAUUCCCGAGGUGGUGGUCCCCGUUGAAUAAACAUAGGAACUGGAUAUCACGGUGCUAUAGGCCGGAGUGUAGUUUCAUCGUCAUAUAGGUCGGAGCCAUUCAUAACUAGUCAACUGUUGACGGGAGAAAUGCGUGUUCACAGUUGCUCGUAAAGCCACCAGUGUCUCCGUGCGCUUUCGGUUCGUACAGAUGUGAUUGUUUUUACCUAUCUCUGGAGAUUGCCAAACCGAAGGACCAUGUCGUUUUUAAGAAAUGGAAAGGGCAAGGAAAAAGACCUGUUGGCCAAAAAGUCUCAGUUUUACGUCGAGUUUCUGGGAUGGAUGGAAACCAAUGGACUGCGCGGUGUCAAGUACACGGAUCCGGUAAUCCGGGAAUUACGUCGGAGACAGAAGCAGAUCGAUCGACCACCGAAACUCACUAUUCAGGUUAGCAAGAAAGAACUGAAAAUUACACAAGAUGUCGAAGAGAAAAAAAAAAGAAGUAUAAAAAAGAUAAAAUUCCCCACUAUUCCCGCUCGAGAUGUGACAUUCGCGGUGCAGUCCAUGCGUCCGCACGACGGCCGGCCGGACGACGUCGUUGCGUGUAUUUACCUGGGCUACAUGCCCAGGACGGGCCGAGACGUCCACGUCCACGUGUACAGGUUCGACGAGCCACAGACGGCCACCACGUUUGUUCGCAUGCUAAAUCAACUGACGGACAGCAACGAGGAUCGAAUCCGAGAAGCGGAGAGGGAACUGGCAGCUAAAGGUCAGAUCGAGCCGGUGGAGUAUACGAGAGAAAGCGGUCUGGGGUCGUCGGACGGAAUGAGCGACGGACCGUACACAGGCGACUCCGCCGCCGACUCCGCCGCCAGCAACAGCACCUACAGCGACGAGUCGCCGACGUUCGACAGCGACGACAUCGACCCGGACCUCCAGAGUCUGUCUGAGAUGCAGGCCUUCGAUUCGGUGACCGACGAGCUGAGGCAGCGACUCAACAUCAACAGAGACAACGCGCCAAUUCUGCUGCCGCCGACAGACUACGACACCAUCAGCCGAGCUCGAGGAAACUUCACGAAGAAUUACGAAGAGAGACGAUGUAAUCUCCUUGGAAUCACUGGCAACCCAGCGCUCGACAGGACUCGCAAGGAGUCGGGAGAAAGUGGAAUAGACGUGAACUCCCCUUCAGGCGAGAACGCGCCUCUCCCAGGCUCCUACGGCGGGUCUCCGACAUCGGACCCAAGAGAGUUCAUCUACCCACCACAAGAAGCCCACCAUCCGAUCAGCAAACAACGAUCUGGCAGCUACAAGAACAACAGCAGCAGCCAUAGUCCGCCUGUUCCUAGAAAGCCAAACAGUUUCGUUAACGCAAGGGACCCUUACUUUAAUAGCAGCAUGUAUAACCCUCGCCAGGACCAGUUAACUCGACAUGGACGCCAGAGUUCACAGACUUCCAACCACAGUGCCGGCAGCUUCCGCUCCCAGGACGAGGAGGAGAUCGUGGUCUACCAGAAAAACACGGACUCGCCGCUGCCACCCACGGAUUACUACCAGGAGCCAGAGGUGGAGAUGAGGAGGUCUGGACUGAGGCAAUACAAUAACAUGAACAGGCUCGACCUGGGGAGGAGUCUUUCUCCUCAAAUGUUGAGGAGAGAACUGGGUUCGACCAACCCGCGGGCUGCAGGUGGUGUCGACAUGUACGACAUCAGACGUUCUCAAAACGACGUCGUUCAAUAUUCGGACGGGUUUAAUUCUCCCAGAAGUGGGUACAACUCCCCACGGCCUGGGACCGGUGACUUCCCCGUGAGACGGGUACAUUCAAUGCUCAGGUAGAUCCCCUAGAACGUGUUGUGUGUACACUGCAGUCAUAGCAUCAGAUGUAUUAUAAUCGUUUUAUAUGACCAAAUAUUGAAUCUCAGAGUAAGCAAAAGAAAUAUGGAUGGCUGUGAGAAUGUUGGGAAAAAAAUACUAUUUUUCUUUGCACGAAAGACUGAUUUCUUUUUGUAAUUGUUGAGAACAUGGAUACCGAUAUUCGAAACAUUGGGGAGACUUUACAGAACUCGAGUGUUCCACCACUGGCCUGGGCGACUGACGGUUCAACUGUUUUAACAUUUACUUGGCUAGCCGACUGUGGUUAACAGUUUGAUACUAAGCCAGUAAUCCAACAAAUCGUAGGUUCAAAAGCUGACCGAGACUGCAUCGUCUUUUUUGACGUAUGGGCGAGUUGAUUUCUGACGGAAUAAGUGUAAGCUUUAUUAUGCAUAUCGCCAUAGAACAACGAGUCUUCUCCACUUACACCAGGCAAUCUGUUUAGUUAAAUCACCUGAAUAAGAUUACCUUUUGUCGCCUGUAAGCUGUUUCAUUCCAAUAAUACCUCAAAGUGUAAUAUUUAAUACGUGUAUUAUGCUGAAAGAUGCAUGUCGGCUUUGGCAAAUACAUGUAUAUUUAAAUGUGCAGCUAACAAUAUAGUGACUAGCAUAUUACAUUUACUAUAUUGAACUCACGGGUGUGUAAGACCUUUAACGUCUAGAUAUGUUCAAGUUCGAUAUGUGAAAAAGUAGAAAAUAUGCAUUUAACUUCUAGGUGUGACAUUCCAAUGUGUAACUUUAGCGUUGGGUUUUAUUCAAUGUGAAAGUGACAGUUUUGUAUGGCGAACGCUGUUCCCGAAGAGAUGGCUGGAAGGAAGUCAUAAACGAUAAAUAGCUUUAUGUUGAUAACUCUCUUAUAUUAUAUAGUUUGUAUCACCUACAUUAACUCCGUGUAUUCAGAUUGCUAGUUUAAAACCAGUAGACUGGUGCGAGGCGGUGUGGAGCCAGUCAGUGCUACGCAUCAGUGAUAGUUUCGUCAGAUAUCUACACAUAUUGUAUUACAACCACACGAGAUUUGCGCGUCUUUCAGUCAAACAAAAAUAAACUUUUUUUUAUUUUCUCCUACGACACUUCUUGAGCUGCUGUUAUGUUGCAAAGCUCUGUUUUCCCCAAUUAAAUAAACGGGACAUUUUAUUUUGUGAGAGUUUUACCCGUUUUUAACAUGCGAUUCCUUGAAAAGCAUUUUCUUUAAAAGCUAUAAAGUUGUUUUCAUUUGUGAAGAUUUUAAAACCGAUAUUUGUAAAGGUCAAGAAAACUAUACUGAACAUAUAAUUGUAACAAAUAAUUAAUAUAGAUUUAAUCGUUAAUUAAAACAUAUUUUUAAGAAUGGUUAUCUCUCUUGUUUGCUUCCACAAGACUAUUAACAAAACUGUUUAAAUUACUUGACAAGACUGCUUAAUGGAUGAUAGAUGGUAGCUGUCCGUGUCAUGAUGAAUGGUUUGUUUUAGUUCAGCUGUUAUAUAUAUAGUUUUAACAUCGGGUAAUGUUAAUUUAUCAAGAGUAUUUAAACGGUAUCUUAAUGACGUUUUGUUUUAGUAUUUUACAUAUUUUGGCAUACAUAUGACAUUCAUAUUUUAUCCGAUUGUACUUGAAGUUUAAUUGCCCCAUACACAGUUUUAUAUGGAAAGAAAGCUAGGUAGCUGGAAUAAACGCCAACAAAGUAUUGUUAUUAAAAAAAAACCGUUCUAAAAUUCAGCAUUACGGUUUGUGGCGUCAUAAUAAUUUAAAAAAAAUAGUUUUAUUUUGAUUAAAUGAAACUAGAAAUGUUUCUGUUCCUUAUAAGUAGCAGCUUAAAAUGAAAAGUAUGGUUGUGUAGUAAAUAUGAUGACGCCAUUAAUUUUUAGUAUUUCAAAUAUAUUUUAAUAUAGCAUCAACGUUCAAAACCAAUGUCAUAAUAUUGUCAUAAUAUUGUUUCCUGUCCCCAUAAGAAUCUUUACUUAUCAGACUCCUACGUUUCAAGACUAAGAAACUGACGUAUUAAAACAAUAUUUGUAUUAAAUAUUUAUUUUUGAAAAAUCAUGUUGAAAUAGCCAUUGUUAUUUGUACAGAAUGUUUAUGUCAUAAAAGGAAACCUCCAAAAUAAACGUUUUAUAAAUCUA